AUGGUGCACUUAAUAAUUGGCUUAAUCUUUUUGAUUGGUGCAGUACUGGCAGCCGAAGACUACUCUUUUAUUUCACGGCAUUUGGCAGCAAGAUCACCUUAUGAUCAAGGAAGAGCCCCCCUCGAGGAUCUUAUCAGCAAAGACUACCAGAUUGAGCAAAUCCAAUUGUUCAUGCGACAUGGUGUUCGUUAUCCUAGUAGUAGUGAUAUCAAGGAUAUUGAAGAUAUCGUCAAGAAGCUUCAAGACAGCGAGAUGCCACACAUCAGCUCAAGGGUGGCACAAUACAACCCCGAGGAACAAUUCCCAAAAUCGCUUGCUGAUGAGUUGACCAAAACCGGGGUUGAUGAUCAUUUCCAAAUUGGCCAACGAUUGGGGGAGAAGUACGCAGAAUUUCGCUCAUCACUCAACCUUGAAAAGGUGUUGAACCUUGCCAGUCAUGUCAAUCGAAGCAUCAUUUCAGGCGAAUCAUUCACCAAAGGAUUUUGGCAAGAUGGCAACGCACCACCUCUCAAAAGUGUUCCUUCCAAUCAAGAUAAGACGAUUGAUACCUUGGCCAAUUGCCCAAAUUACGACAAGGUGGUCGGCAGCAAACCAAAGAAGGAAAUGUUGCGUUAUUAUGCUAAGGCCUUUCAACCCACUGCCGAACGACUCAGCAAGGAAUUGGGUGUACCCGAUAUGACUACGGAUGAUGUCUACAAGCUGUGGUACACGUGUGCGUAUCGUACUUCUAUUUACAAGCAAGUCCACCCAUUUUGUGAUUACUUUACAAGACAAGAAUUGCUCGAUGCAGAGUAUGCUAUGGAUAUCAAGUAUUCAUUCAAAUAUUCCUAUGGAUCAGAAGAAAUAGCUACGGGGAUUGCAUGCCGUGGGUUCCAAGAGAUGGUGGGCAACAUCCGAAACGCUUCUCAGAUUCAGCUUGUGCUUAAGCAUGGUCACAGUAAAACGGUCUUGCCUCUCGAAGCCAAACUUGGUAUCCAUCGUGACGACUUUAUCAUAUCAGCGGAUGCUACACCCGAGCAAAUCAAGAAUCGCAAGUUUCGUACAUCCCACGAUGAUAUGUAUGGUGCCCAUUUCAUGAUUCAACUCCUUAAGGAGAAGGCCUCUGGCAAACGAUUUGUGCGUGCUUUGAUCUCGGAAAUCCCGACUGUGAUCCCUGGAUGCGAAGAGGAAUUGUGCCCACUCGACCGCUUUAUGGAAGUUGCAGAGCCUCUUUUGGAUUGCGAUUACGAUGAAGUCUGUAAAGAUUAG